UCGCAGACACCAUCUGAUACUAUUUUAAAAAUUAUUAUUAUUAUUAUUAUUAUUAUCUCUAGGCAUGUGCCUUCCCAGUCACUCUCCACUCCCAUGCCGGUGCCGCCGAUUCCCAACUCCCGCCGAAUACUGAAUACUGUCCUCUCCUCUGCUUUCGUGAACUCUCUGUCUCUCUCUCUCUCUCUCUCUCUCUCUCUCUCUCUCUCUGUUCAUGGUUCAUGGCAACUCCUCUUCUCCUCUCGAGCCCUUUCUCUUCCUCUUACCAUCUUUCCCAUGACUCCAUCGUCCCCUGCAGCUGCAAGCCCACCCUAACCUCUACCCCCGGAAUAAAACGCAGUAGACCCACCUCUCAUUCAAUAUUUCUCAACAGAACUCAUUUCUUUCCGAAACCCCUCCAUCUCUUGCAGAAAAUCCCCGCCAGCGCUUCUGUCGGAGAAACUGAAUCCACGAGUUCGAGCCCGGACUCGGAUGAAUUACUGGUGGGCGAGGAUUCCGCGUUAUUCGAUAUUCGCAAGCAGAAAGUUUCUUCUUGGAUUUAUUUUAGUGGAAUUUUAGGGAUUGUAUUGUUUAUACUGGAUGUAGCUUGGAUCGAUAAUUCUGGCCUUGGCCUAGGCAAGGUUUUCAUUGACUCUGUUUCAAGCCUUUCGGAAAGCCAUGAGGUUGUAAUGUUGAUCCUUAUUCUUAUUUUUGCCACUGUUCACAGUGGUUUGGCAAGUCUCCGAAACAUAGGCGAGAAGCUCAUUGGUGAACGUGCUUAUCGUGUUUUAUUUGCAGGAUUAUCUCUUCCAUUGGCUGUUAGUACUGUCGUGUACUUUAUUGACCACAGAUACGAUGGGGUGCAAUUAUGGCAGCUUCAGAGUGUUCCAGGGAUUCAUCAGCUUGUGUGGCUCUCCUCUUUUAUCUCAUUCCUCUUCCUUUAUCCUUCAACCUUCAAUCUAUUAGAGGUUGCAGCUGUUGAUAAGCCUAAAAUGCAUCUUUGGGAAACUGGGAUUAUGAGAAUUACCAGGCAUCCACAGAUGGUUGGGCAGGUGAUCUGGUGCUUGGCUCACACAGUCUGGAUUGGCAACUCGGUUGCAGUGGCAGCCUCUCUUGGGUUGAUUGGUCACCAUCUUUUUGGUGUUUGGAAUGGAGACAGGAGGCUUGCUGUUCGAUAUGGGGAGGCAUUCGAGGUUGUGAAGAGUAGAACUAGUGUCAUUCCAUUUGUGGCUAUUCUUGAUGGCCGUCAAAGGUUACCCCAAGAUUACUAUAAGGAAUUCAUCCGGUUGCCGUAUUUAUCAAUCACUGCUUUGACUCUAGGGGCCUACUUUUCCCACCCACUCAUGCAGGCAGCCAGUUUUCGGCUUCAUUGGUAGAAUACGAAUCCAUUUUGAUUGAAAAAAAUUAAGAUCUUGAGAUCAAAAUUGUAUAUUUGUGCAUAAUGAAGAAUAGUAUGAUGGCUCAGUGCUAUCAAGUUUCCAACCAGCUGCAUGGUUAGCUUCUCUUAAUCUUUGUGGCCUGGAAAAGGCGCAGGAGGAGAACAAUCCCUGGCCAGAUAGGUGCUCCCAUUCCAUAAAUUUAUUUUGCUUCUUGAUCAGCCUGGUUUUGAUUCGAAUACAUGGAUUUCAUCAA